GUACUGUCCACUUAAAAACGACCCAAUCUUCAUCAAUGUCACAAUCACCCAUACACAUCCUAGGGAUAGGCAAUCUUGGAAAACUCCUCGCCAAUUCUCUUCGUAAGGCCCAUCCAGAACUACCCAUAACACUACUUUUUCAUCGACGCAAUCUCCUCCAAGAAUGGGACGAAGCUGGCCGGAACAUAGAGAUUGUUAGAAAUGGUAGUCCGGACAAGAGAUCUUCGUUUGACCAUGAAUUUAUUGAUGGGGACGAUAAAGGAGUUGGGGAAAUCGCGAAUUUAAUUGUCACGACAAAGACGCAUUCUACCACCCGAGCGAUGAAGCCAUUAGUACAGAGGCUGGGACAGAGAAGCACGGUAUUGUUCUGUCAGAACGGCCUGGGCACCGUCGACGAAGUAACAAACGCACUCUUUCCAAAGCCUGAAUCUCGCCCCAGCUAUCUCGCCGGGAUAUUCAACCACGGCGUCUAUUCAACAUCGACAUUCUCCUCCGUCCAUGCAGGCCUGGCAAACGCCUUCAUCGGACCUAUAGCUCCAGACUCUGCACCAUCACCAACAAACCUCGACACAACCAUCCCAACCCUGGCACAGCACAUCAUCGAAUGCCCGGAACUAUCCACGACCUUCGUCUCCCCCCAGGAUCUCCUCGAAAUCCAGUUCCAGAAGCUCGUCGUCAAUGCUGUGAUCAAUCCUCUCACCGCGAUACUCGACUGCUACAACGGCGAGCUCUUCCAAAGCGCAGACAUCCGCGUGCUAAUCUCCCUUCUCAUCUCAGAGCUUUCUGCAGUCAUAAUCGCCAUACUAUCAUCAAAGACACCUACUUCAACCGCAUCCAUUCAGGAAAAAUUCUCCCCUGCCCGCUUGGCCAACGUUGUGAACGAUGUGGGAGCACGAACAGCGAAGAAUAUAAGUUCCAUGAGACAAGACGCCCUCGCUGGGAGGAAGACGGAGAUUGAUUAUAUUAAUGGGUAUAUUGUGAGGCAGGGGCAACGGUUAGGCAUACCGGUGCCGGUGAAUGAGAAGAUUGAAGCGUUUGUCAGGGAAAAUAGGAAGGUGGACAAAGAGGGUGUUUUGAAAGCAUUCGAGAUCGUCGAUCAAUAAGAGGGGACGGGACGUUGGGUGUGUCGUAAAGCCUUUUGUACAUACUGCUCAGAAUAAGGUCGUCAUCGUAGAAUAAGGGGCCCUUAACAGUCCUCUAAAAUCAU